AAUUUACUAAAGUAUAAUUUACAACAAACAUGUUGGACCUUACAAUAAUCAAUGAGUCUUUACCAGUUGUCAAAGAUAUUUUCUCAAAUGACUUUAAAAACUUUAUAUUGCUACUUGAUGAUCUGAAGCACCGAAAAGAUCUUCUGAAGAUAAUUGAAAACAAAUGGUGGUUAGAUCAAUUCCCUGAAGUAUUAAAGUCAUGGUUGAUGACUCAACUGAAACAACUUGAUUUUUCAUUAGUGAAAAAAAUUUCUAGUUUGCUUGAGUUGUCUUACUUGACCAGAAGUGUUGUUGAAGAUUGUUUUAUUGAUGUUUGCAAUUAUAUGGUUCACACUUUUAAAGUGAUUUGUGAAAAGGAUAUAUUAGAAGUAAAUAAUACUGCUGCUUUUAAUGAAAUGUCAUUGCAAGCUGUAAAGCUCUUUUUGCAGUUGGUUCAGUUUUUUCCCAAGUCAGUGCAUGAAGCACUUAAAAACUCUGCUUGUGAUGCCAUACUUCAAUAUGUGGUUGUACUGCUAACAGAUAAGAGAUUUUCCAAAGACUGUUCAUUGCUAUGUGGAACUGUUUUUGCUCUCUUACUUGAUGUAGUUGAUCAAAGUAAAUCUGUUUUGGAAACCUUAGAAGACUUUCUGAAUUAUACUGGUAGUAUUGGAGAAUAUAAAAAGAAAACUAUUUACUUUGAAAACACCUGGAUUGUGUUGUCAAACGUGUCAUCUCCAUAUGCACAAAUAAGUUUAAUUGUUGGGCUUCUGAAGACAAAAUCCAAAGCUAUCAACACAAUUUGUAAUAAUGGAUUCCCAUUUGUUCAUGUAUUAUUUGAAGUUAUUCGGUUGUAUUGUGAAAAUGCAUCUGAUAGUUCUAUCAAGUAUCUUGCUUUCAAAGCUAUGCAUUUGUGGUUGUUACAUGUUCAAACUUGUAAACUCAUUCCACUUUACUGUAAUGGUACUUUAUUUAUGUAUGAAAGUUCUUUGUACUUGGAAAGUUUAUUGAGUUUAGUAUGGUGUCAUGCAGAAGAUUUGGUUGAAAAUGUUCCAGUUUUUGUUCAACAAAUUUUUUCUUUAACACUACAGUUAUAUAAAGAUGAGUGUGAUCUCCGUGUCACUAAUGUUAACAUUAAUUUUACUACUAAAGAUGAGUUUUAUAAUCGUUUGGCUUCAAUUUUAAUUAACCAAGCAUGGUAUAUGAAAGGAAGAUGGUCUCUGCUGAGUGAACUUGUGUCUUAUCUUGGUUUUACUAAAUUGCUAAACCUUCAUAAGCGAUUCAAUGAAGAAAUGUUAGAAUGUAUGGGUACCAGCAAUCUACCAGUGGCUUCAAAUAACUUUUAUGUUGCUAUUCUUAAAAAUAUAAGAAUUUCAUCAAAAACUGCUGAGGUUGCUGUUAUCGAAUGGUGUACCUAUUUUGAAACCUUUCUAUCAUCUGCUAUGCAAAAUGAACAACUUUCUGUUCGUCAAAAUGUUGGUCAGUAUUUAGUCCCAACUACUUUCCAGCUACUGCCAGAAACUUUCAGUAUUCUUGAAAAUAAUUUUAAAUGUCUGUCUUCACCAUUAUGCUGUCAUGCAUAUGUCAUUUCUUUGAAGCAUGCCAGAAUAAAUAAAAUCAUAACAACACAAGAUCUAGAACUGCGAAGUGACAUUUUAAAAAGUUGCUUGAAUAAUAUUGAUUUAAAUAUCCGAAGUGAUGCUUUUGAAGUGCUGUGCAACAACCCUAAGCUAACAGAACCUUUAACAUUAACAAUCCAAUCAAUGGUUUUACAGUAUGUUUUAUAUAAUUUAAAUUCUGAUUCGUCCAGUUUUCGUCAAAAGUUUGUUUCUUCAUUGAAAAAGUUGUUGAAGAAUGUUAGAGAAAGUUGUGUUAUUUUGUGUAAAAAAAAGAAAGACCAUUCUGAAUUAGAACAUUUAAUAGACUUCGUUGAAGAAGUUAUAAAGAUUGUUCGAACAUGUCUCACUCCUCUGUCUUCAUACCAACGAAAAAGAACAGGUCUUCAUUUGUUAGAGCUCUUAACUGAUAUAUUUGUUUAUGUAACUGAAGAAGCAAAGAAGCAUAAAGGUGCUCCUUCUGUUAAUUCUUCAGUAUUGUUUGAAUUUGUCACAAGAAAAAAAAGAUGGAAUAUUUUGUCAACAUUUGAUCAUGAUUUACUAUGCUGUAUAGAAGACCAACAUGAUGAGAUACGAGAAGAAGCUUUAAAAUUACUUAUCUACCAUCAAACUCUUGUUACUUCAGAAUAUUUGAUUGAUUUUAACUCUUUAAAAAAGACACUCAAUAUUGCUUUCUCGCUGAUAAAAAGCUUGAAAUUUCAUGAAGCAGAAAGUGGAGCAAUGUUAAUUCAAUUUAUUGCAAAUCGACUUGUUAGCAACUCGCAGAUAUCAUCUAAUAUUUUAUCAAUAGUUGAAGAAUCAAAUAUCAUUCAACAACCAAUCAUCAAAGAUGGAACCUCUAACCACCAGGUAACUACUAAAGAAGGAAUUAUUACCCAACAUCAUCUUAUUGAUAAUUCUAAAGUGUCAAAAAGUUUACAUGCAUUUGCGCUGUAUAUUCUUUCAUAUGCUAAAAAGAGUUGGGCACAAGCUCAGAAAGACUAUUUUUAUGCUGCUGUUUCAGAUUCUGUGUAUGGUUCUGUACUUGCUUUUGCAUAUAUAAUCAAGUUAUUUUUUGAUAAUAACUUGGAAAUACAACAUCAACUUUUUGAUGAGUCUGUUAAACUCUAUUCAUCAAUGGCUAGUAGCUUAUUACAGCUACUUAUGAAUUCAGACAGUUUUGAUGGUAGUGAAAUUUCACCUUCUUUUGCUGAUAUGAAUAACGCAAUGGAUUCUUGUUUGAAAAAAAGUCCUUCUUAUAGUAUUGUAUCAGAAAAAGUUGGCCAUGUUCAUUGUAAAGAGUUGCUAAUCUCUUUUUGUUGGUUGAACAUGAAAUCUAUUAGUGUUACAUUUGCAGCAUUUGCAGAACUUUUAGGUGUCAAAAAUAACCAAUUUUUAAAUAUUACCAAUUUUACUUUGAUAAUGGAGUUUUACAAGCAGUCACUUAUAAAAUGUCGUCACAAGGGAAUUGUGGAAUCUUGUUAUGCAAGUUUUUGUACAUUUACAAAAAGUGUUUCAAAUAUUCCUGUCUUUUGGCAGGAUCUAAUGCAACACUGUAUUGAAACGAUUGGAUUUUGCACAUCAUUUUCACAUACAUCAUCUGUAACCAUGAGGAGUGUUGGAAUACCAAUGUUUGUGCAAGCAAUUCUUUCAGCAGAACCAUCUGGAAACCAUGGUUCUUUUUUAUGUGACAUUGUCAGUCGAUUAGUUCAAACAGCAAGCACGCCAUUAGAAAAUGUUGACAGGAGUUUGCCACAGUUUAAUGCAAUCAGUAUACUCAAAGCUAUAUUUCGAGAUACUUCAUUAAGAGGAGCAGUAUUACCAUAUGUUGAACGUGGAAUAAUUUUGACCAUUGAAGGUUUUUUAUCUCCAUCAUGGUCAAUUAGAAAUGCCUCUACGCAACUUUUAGGGGCUUUAAUUCAGAGAAUGUUAGGCCAAAGAAUUAGCCAAACUGAAGAUAAUUCCCAAAAUGCUGGUACAGUUGAUGUUUUUUUUAAUCGCUACCAAAGUUUAUGUGAAUACUUUGUUAGUAGUUUAAGCGAUGUCUCAAAAAGAAUGUUUUCACAUCCCAGACUUCCUUGCACAUUGCACCAUGUUAUACCUGUAUUAACAAUUUUAUCAAAGCUUCAUCCAGCUUCAGAAAUACAAAAUAAGAGGUCUCAUGAAAUUCUUCUGAAUCUUUUGUCUUUUAAAAGCUCUCCAGUUUGGAAAAUUCGCGAUUUGACUACUAAAGCCAUUCUUGCUUUUACACCAAUGUCAAGAUAUGCAAUCUUUUGUGAAGAAAUUUACUCUGAAUUAAUAGUUAGUACCUGUAAAAACACAAUCCAUUCUUUACUCAUGAUUUUGUUCAAAAUGUCUUGCAUAAAUGAUUGUUGCCUCUCUGUUUAUGUUGCUAUUUCUGGUGUUUUAAACCGUUUGUAUGAGAAAAAAUUAUGCUGUAUUUCACAGAGUGUAUAUAUUGAUACAUUGAUUCAAUGUUGUAAAUACUUGAAAUCAAAAGACAUUUUGAUGUUCACAUUUUUCUAUGUAAAAAAAGCCCUGACUUCUCUUUGUAAAGGUUUAAAUGUUGGCAAGCCUUACCUUGAAAAAUCUUUAGCAAAAGUUGCUGUUUAUUUUGCUAAAAAUGAAAAUAAAUUUAUUGAAAAUGAAAGUGAAAAUGAAAAUGAUCUGGUUUACCAGGUUACCAUCUCUACAAACUCUGGUCUUCACUUGCAGUUCCUAAAAAACAUUACCUCGUGCAUAAAUGUUAUAAGCAACAAUUCACAAUUGCUAGUUGCUAAAUUUGCAUUAAAAUGUAUUGCACACUCUCAAUCGCAACUUUUUCUUCAAACUGCUUUUACUUGUUUAAGUUUUCUGCCAAAGACAAGUUGGAUUUAUUGGACAGAACAUAAUGAAGAUGAAUAUUUUACAAGUCACUUUUUAAAAUUACUUAUGCAAUAUCCUGGAUUAAAGUCUGUAAUUUUACCAAAUUUGUACAAGGUUAUGUCUAAAAGAUUAAAAAAUGCUGAAUGGGAAAAUUUUUCUGACUUGAAAACCAUGUGUGAAUUUAUUAAAAGUUUCAGUAUGGCAGAACAAAUUGAAGAUUUGCGGUUAGCUGCUGCAAAUUCUAUUGGUUUUCUAGAAGAUUUUGUUAUAUUACUACCAUCAGUUAAAAAUGAAAAUAUUUUUAACAUAAUGCGUUUGCUUCCGUUGUUACUUUCCUCAUGUGUGCGCCUACUUCAAGACGAAGAUGAAGAUAUUCGAAAGAUUGCUACACUAAAUGUUCAGUUUGUUCAAAAGUUAAAUAAAAACUGUGUUCAUCCUAACAUGCUUCUUGUUUAUUUAUUUUCUUAUGUUGAGCAUCUUGCAACAGAUAAUGAAUUUGCAUGUGAAUGGCUCUGUGAAACUUUAUGUAAAAAUUUUGAAAAAGACAUUGAUAGCAGUGAGCUACUUUUAUUCGAACAAGAAGCAGCCAACUUGUAUAUUGAAGAAAGUGUCGUUAUCGAUCUUGCUGCUUUUUCACUCAAAAAUGUUUUAUGUUUUUCACAAGAUAUCUAUCGCACAAAACUAAAUAUUUACACAAAUCAGCUCUAUGAAACAUUGCUAUUUAAGCAAUCAGUGCAAUCUUCGAAGAAUCUUUUUGGUUUGUUUGGCGUUCGAAAGAAUUUAUUAGAACUUUAUACGUUUAUAAGAUGCGUCCACGUCUCUGAUGCUAAUAAAAUAAAACACAUUCAGUUUUUGAAAGAUCUUUCAAAUAAGGUCCUUCUACCCUCAGUUUUUUACAACUAUAUUUAUGAACUUUCUUGUUUUGAUUUUACACAAAGUACUGCAACAUCGACAGUUCAAGACAAGUUGUAAAGUAUAAUGACAAUUAGAAUGAUUAGAACUAUAAAUGAUGACGUCGAAAGAUUGAACCUAAUCGUAAA